GACAAGCUUAUCAAAUCAAUAAACCAAAAUGUUCAAAAUCUUCGUUUUCUUGGCCGCUCUCUUGGCUUUCGCCUUGGCUGCUCCUAAAGCCGCUCCUCAGUUCAUUUAUGGGGGCUACACCGGUUUGGGAUACGGAGCCUAUGGAUAUGCCCAUCCCUACGCCUAUGGUGCUUUGGGAUACGGAUUUAUCUAAGUGAUAAUUGCUUUCAAUGUUCAGAAUUCGACAGAUUUUCGGUCGUCAAAAUUAUGUUUACAUGGAAUUAGACAAAACUAAAAAUUCAGAAUUUAUUUUUAUUGUUGUGAAAGCUUUUUGUAGAAUUGAUACUGCCAUUUUUUAUAAGACCAGGAUAUAAUAAUAAUGUACCACAUACAAACACUCAAAUAUAAAAAUAUAAAACAAAAAA